GGUGGAAAACAUGCUGAAACAUUGUUCUACGUCUUUUGUCUAAAACAUGAUGUCCAUGACUGAGCAUACAGCAAUUUUAAAAUGUGUUGUGUUGGCGCUAGAGUGUAUCCAAUGAGUCUCGUGAGCUAGACCUCUCUCAGUGGGCUUGCUCUACUCGACACAAGACCACUGACUGUUGGAGCUUCAACUCGCCAACAAUGUCAGCCGAUGAAGGCCGCGAUGUAAACGAGAUAAUUGUGGAUCUAGGAAGAAAUGGGAUCGCUUCAGGCGUACAAAAAGCCACCAAAGCCAACGUGGACUCGGAAAAUAAUUGUCACGUAAACACAGUUGCAGAAGAAAUGGAAGAAAUUAAUACAACACCUGAAGGUGAUAUUUCCAUCGCGACAGAUCGUCAGAGAUCAGAAGAGAUAUUACUACUCGCAGCUACUUAUGUAGAAGAUGCUCUAGAUGGAAGAACAUUGCCUUACAAAACAGACCCGAAAUCUAUUGAGCAAUAUCGAAUUUAUAGCAACCCGAUACGGCGAUGGGGAACAGUAUUUUUUAUGUGGUGGAAUCUAUGUCUAGCAAUAUUUGAAGCCCCCGCAGUAUCUGGAGCGGCAUUGCCAAAUUGGGCAACCAUGUUAAUGGAAGUUUUAUGUCUCAGUGUAUUUAUCAUAAGAUUUUGGAGGUUAUCAAGAUUUGUACCAAGAGAUCGGCUUCUACAUGAUCCAAAAAAUAUUGUUGUCAUGCUAACUAUUGUGUUUACCGUCAUAGAUAUGAUUGUUUACAUCGGAAUGAUCAAUAGUCCUGCGAAAGAUGAAGCCAUCCGGGUAUCCCGAAUCAUUCGUCCAUUAUUUCUUGUAAAUAUGAACGAGUCCAGACAAAUUCGAAGAGCUUUUCGAAAUAUCCGAAACACGAUACCGGAUAUUUUAAGCGUCCUCGUAUUGUUCUUCUUCAGUAUUGCUCUAUUUUCUCUCAUGGCUUUCAAAUUAUUCGAGAAAAGAGGUCUCACCUACAGAACUACAAACGAGGCAUAUUUUGUAAAUUAUUGGGAUUCAUAUUGGGAUUUGUAUGUACUCGUCACAACAGCAAACAGUCCCGAUGUAAUGAUUCCAGCGUAUGAUUUCAGUCCUUGGUUUGCAAUAUUUUUCAUCACAUACGUUAUUGUAAACACAUAUAUCUUCAUGAAUCUAUUUCUUGCUGUUAUUUAUAACAGUUAUAAAACACAUCUGGAGAAAGAAAUCGGGGUCGCAGUUGAAGAAAAGCAACGGAAACUUGACAAAGCAUUCGACUUACUUAAAAAUGAUUCUCUCCAUGAAGAACCUUGUGUUACGUAUCAUAAAUGGAUUGCAUUAUUACGAAUAAUUUCGAGUCGGAUUUCUGAAGAAAGGGCAUUGGUGCUAUGGCACGUAUUGUGUGAUAACGAAACAAAAGACGGAAUAUCACAAUCAUCAUUUUCGAAAUCAGCUGACGCUAUCAAUGUUCGUCUCGUAAUUGAUGGAAGUGAUAACAAUUUUUUUGCAAAUAAGUUUCCAGGAUGUUUCUACUCGAAAGGAAGUAAAGUAUUGAUUCAAGUAGUAAAUCACAUUUAUUUUGUCUACGCUUUUGACUUGUUGAUUCUCGCAAACGCAGUCUGUAUAGCUUUGGAUUUAGAGCAAACUGAGUGGUUUUUCCUACCGGUAUUUAUGAUCGAAAUUGCUUUGAGGAUGUAUGCCGUUGGUCCGCGUGAAUAUUUCAGCCUAGAUCGACUUUGGAAUUGGUUUGAUUUCAUCAUUAUUUCAGCCGCUUUCAUCGCUACAAUCGUCGAAGCAAGUUUGAACGAAUUGGAUCAAUUCCCGAGGGAAGCACUUGAUGUCCUACUGGUUCUACGAUGUUUAAGACUUGUAAAAAUUGUUGGAAACAUUGAAACAUUUCGAAUCGUAGUGAUGACCAUUGUCAAUAUCACGCCGUCAUUGCUGACGUAUGCUGGAGUGCUAAUAAUGGUGUAUUAUUCAUUUGCUGUCAUUGGAAUGGAAGCUUUUAGCAACAAAGUCUUAUUCAACGCUAAAGAACAACCACCUUUUUGUGGCAACCCCAAGUUACAGGAUUCGGAAUUUGUGCGGAUGGGAUAUUGUCAAAUGAAUUUCAAUGAUAUUAUUCAUUCCAUCGUCACGUUGUUUGUGUUAAUGGUCGUCAAUCAAUGGCAUGUUAUCACGCAAGGAUUUGUUUUCGUAACGAAUAAAGCGGCCAGAUUAUUUUUCAUCUCAUUUCAUCUAUCUGUCGUCAUUUUAAUUUUAAACAUCAUUGUUGCAUUUGUACUGGAAGCAUUCAUCCUAGAAUAUACCAUCAAGAAUAAUGUUAUGGAAGAUAGAAUAGAAGAAAAAAUAAAUGAACUGAGACAAGAAGCGGAAAGUAAACUUCAAGCACAUGACCGAACAGAGCUCGUCGAGGCAACAGAUGCUUCUUAUGUUGAACGCCAGAACUCAAGUAUACCGGGAUACAAAUUUAGAGUAAACAAAGGACAUAAAAAUAUUGAAGUUUUACUGCAAAGAAUGUUUGAAGCAACAAGAAGUUCAGCUCCACAGCCAACUGAAGAAGUGCCAGUACCAACGGCAGAAGUUAUCCAAACUAUUUCUGACACAACUCAAUCUUCAUCGAACUUGUGAAACAAGCGAAACGUUAAACAAGCGGAUAUCAGACUCUGGAUUUGUUUGAAAUCAAAUUAUUUUCUUUGAAGUAAGAUCUGGAGUAUAAAAGUUUUUAUUGUGGUUUCAGGCCAGUACCUCGACCUAUGAUGAAAUAUCAGGACUUAUUGGUUCUCUAGCCCAGAAAUUAAGGUUAACGAAAUGGCGAGCUCUCAAUUACACUGACGCAGAUCUUUAAUCAAAUCGCUGCCAGCAUUUGUUCGGAUUAUUGAUUAUUCAAGACGUUACCAUUAUCAAUAUAUUAUUUUUUCAAAAUGUCGGAUAAGCUACCCUAAAUGAUUUAAAUUUUUUUCAUAUACAACAUUUCGAUAUUAAUGCAUUUUAUCCGAUUCCUUCAACAUAUAUAGUUCAAAAACUUUGGUGCAAUAUUUAAAAAUAUGCAAUACUAUUUCGAAUCGACUUGUGCAAUAUAUUAUUACUGUGUUAUCUCAUUAUCAAAUAAAGUUAUUCAUGUUUGAAUCAAAUUUGAAAUAUAUCGCGUGUUCAAUGAUCCACAAGUGUGCCCAAAGCUAUGUUCCUCGCCUGAAGUUGGAACGCGAUGUCCCUCGCUAAAACCGGAAGGCUACGUCUCUAGCCUGGAGCUGGUGUAGAAGGCUACGUCUCUCUCCUGGAGCUGGAAGACUAUUUCUCUCGCUAAAGCUGAAAG